GACCGCUGGGCUUAUUGCCGUCGUGCUUUCAAAGAUGGACGUUCUCCUCGUCAGUCUGAUUUUUGUAAAUGUAGGUUGUUUAUCGGUGACGUUGUUGUACAUAAUGAGAAGUUAUAUACCUUUUUGGUUGUCUGAUCUGUUUGAAUGGGGAAAGACGAAGUCAAAUUGGAAUCAGAGCAGCUGGAAUCGAUUUCUUCUCGUCCCGAACAGCUGGUUCACUCAUUUCUACAUUGCAGGAAGUUCUUUGUCAUGUGCACUACUAUGGAUGUUGAUAGAUCAUUGUUUUUACAACAGGAGUCCAAUCAUGGAAUAUCUUGCGCAAAUACUGGACUUACAUUACACUCCACACAUAAGUUGUUUUACAGUUCUGGUAUCUCUGCUUCUUCUUUUGGUGCAGUGUUGUCGCAGACUGUUUGAAUGUUUGUUUAUCAGUGUAUUUACAGGCAAGAUUCACUUGUCACACUAUUUGGUGGGAUUAUUUUACUAUGUUUUGGAUGCAACUGCACUUGCAGUACCACUUCUUGGAGAAGAAAAAAUAGACAAAGAUUGGUGUACCUUAUGCAAACAACUGCCAUCAGGUUUGGAAAAUUUCAGCUGCAUCCAGUGUCUAGGAUUGGUUAUAUUUCUAUGGGCAAGCUGGCAUCAGUGGAACUGUCACGUCAUACUGGCAAAGUUACGGCACUCUGCAAGUGGGAAAAAAGUCAAGGAGUACAGAAUUCCUUAUGGUGACUGGUUUGAUCAUGUUUCCAGUCCUCACUACUUGGCAGAAAUCAUAGUCUACAUUGCUUUCUUCUUGAUACAAAAGGGCCAAAACAUUUAUGUGGGAAUGAUUUUGCUAUUUACUGUACAGAACCUUUCACUUGGAGCUACAGUGACACAUAAUUGGUACAAAAACAAAUUUAAGGAGUAUCCCCAAAAUCGUAACAAGAUAUUUCCAUUUGUCUACUAGGGGGCUUUACAGAGUGGCCAAUCUUUGUGUGACUGAUCCCUGUAUCACACAAUGAGAUAAUAGUAAACAAUUCUUAGGGAUUUGUUCUGAAAUCACCAGGGUGAUUCUUGAAAUCUGAAGUGAGUUACGAACUCAUUUAUAUAUUUUUUGCUUUGUAUCACAAAUUUUUCCUGACAUCUCAGAAUGGAUCACAACCAAAACUUUUCUCUCUGGUACUGACCAAACUACUGUAUUUAUGCAAUAAUUUUGAGCUACUUCAAAAUAGAUGUAGUUAAGUGUCCAUCAAACUCUUUACCUUGUAAUUAUGGUUGGAAAUCAUACUAUCUAGUUUUUCCAAAAUAAAACAUACCUGGCAUAGUUGGUUUAUCCUUUGAAGUCACAUAUGAUUUCAGAUCAAAUUGCACUGCACUCAAGUUUAAUACCAUUGGUGACUGAGUGUGAUUUGGUCUGGAAAUGCUCACACUGCAUGUGAUUUUCUUUACUAGGAUAUGUCAGAUGAUAGAGGUAGAACGAGGGCAAAUAGAAUUUGAGAAUGAGUUGAAUAAAAAUAGGAGAAUUUAUGUUCUGUACAAGACUUUUGUAAUUUAUGAAAUAAAUCAUAUUUGACUCGUUGAUCAUA